AUGAGGAGGAGGCGUGGAAGACAAACGAAGGAGGACAAGUAUAGUAGAAGACCACGGAAAAAGAAAAGGAGGAGGCUGAUGAAAGGAGAAAUAGGAGGAGAGACGUGGUCGAGGAGGGGGAGGAGAGGAAGAGGAGGAAAUGGGGAAUUAGAGGAAGCGGAAGAAAACAGUAGACAAAGAGGAGAGGAGAUGGAUAAAGGCGAUGAAGAAGAGAAGAGAGAUGUGGAUAGGAGAGUUGGAGAGGAAGGAGCGAGGAAUCGGUUGGAGGAGGUUCGGAAUAGCAUAGAAAAGAGAGGAGAGGGGGACGGAAAACAGGAGAAGGAUUAG